AUGGUUAAGAUAACUCUGCCCACUUCGCAAUCUUCGUCGUAUAUCGCAACGCGCCGUAUCAGCUACGCGGGCUGUCUUGUCUUUGAGAUCAGUCUCCUAGCAUUCCUCCGCACGGUUUCCACCUCUUCACACUUCACCAUGGUCGUGGCAGUCACGCGCAUGCUGUCCUUGAAGGACGAGUGCGUUCAUCCCGAGUCGCAGAGGCCUUACAUCAAGUCCCUAACGGGAGGCAAGGAUAACUCCCCCGAAGGCCUUCAAAAUGGCAUCCAGUAUGCUUUUGUCGUAGAGUUCGAAUCUUUAGCCGACAGGGACUACUAUGUCUCUACGGACCCAACCCACCAGGCUUUCGUGCAGAGCGCAGGGUCGAUCAUAGAGAAAGCCAUUGUCGUUGACUACAGCACUGGUAUCUUUUAG